AUGAGCUCAUGCGACUAUGUUACUGACGAAAAAUCGUCAAUACUUGAAAAACCCUUUAUUCCGAAGUAUCUGCGAAACAGUCCCUUAGACAUUUAUAAUAGAACGGCAAAAGAGCCUAUACUAUUGCCAACAAAAUGGAAUCCCGUAGACCAUGGAUAUAAUUUAUACGUGACAGAAAAUAAUUUGGGAAUUGGAUACAUUGGACGUGGGAUAGCUUCAGCGAUUAGAUCGGACCAUCCCAUUCCGGCAAUGGCUGGUAUUUAUUAUUUCGAAGUUGAUAUUAUAAAUAGCGGACUAGAGAAGUAA